AUGGGCCAUAGGGGAACGACCUGUUCAGAACCAACAAGGAUAAGUACUGAACUUGAUCCGAGUAUUCUAUCAGCACUCCCUAAAGACUGUCGAAUACACACCGUCAAGCCCCAUGGCACCAGCUUCUUCGCUAGCACCGGUCGCAUAGACGUCGAGCUGGCAGAUGGAACCCCGUCGUCCUUCUUCAUAAAGGUCCUACCAGGAGAAACAGGAAGGAAUAUCGUCCACGGCGAAUUUGAGUCGAUGAAAGCAAUCCACGCCACAUCAUCUGACUUUGUACCCAGGCCCAUUGCCUGGGGCACAUACCGCGAUGUACCAGGUACACAUUUCUUCCUAUCCGAGUAUCGGGAGAUGAGGCACGAAAUGCCAGAUCCGCACGACUUCGGCGGAUGUCUAGCGACACUUCACCAGAAGAGCAAAUCCCCAAAUGGAAAAUUCGGCUUCCACGUUCCUACAUACAGUGGGAAUCUCGCCCAGUUUACAGAUUGGGAAGAAAGCUGGGAAGUAUUCUUUUCGAAGAGCCUGAAGAAGGCCUUGGAAUUGGAGAUACAAGUAAAAGGGCACGAUCCUGAAUUUGACGUGUUAGUGCCGGUUAUCUUUGAUAAAGUCAUACCUCGUCUGCUUCGUCCGCUCGAGAGUGAUGGGCGAUCGGUGAAACCGUCCCUCGUUCAUGGGGAUUUGUGGUAUGCGAAUUCGGGAAUCGAUGUCAAGACAGGGACACCUGUUGUGUUUGAUGCUUGUUGCUUUUACGCGCAUAAUGAAUAUGAAUUUGGCCAAUGGCGACCAACGUGCAAUCGCUUUGGCGACGAGUAUUUGUCUGCGUACCACGAAUAUGUGCCUAAGUCUUCGCCCGAGGAGGAUUAUGAUGGACGCUUAGACCUUUAUAAACUGCGCUUCAACACUCAUGUAUCCGCUCUAUUCCCUGACAACUGGGCGCUUAGGAAGCAGUAUGUGUCUCUGAACAAUAACCACUGA